GAAGUUAGGGCUAGGAGGCAGAAACCAGUUUUUUACAAGUAACGCUUUCCGUUCCUUUGCACGAUAGUGUCUUUCACAUCGGAUUCUCAACAAGAAAGAAGAACGAAAAUGGCAACAGAAAAGAAAACUGAGAGGCCAUUUGAAGAAUCAACUGGAUCAAAUAGUGAAAAUUGUGUAUAUCUCAGAAUUAAAUCACAGGAUGGUACGAGUGUCUACUUGACGGUCGAUCCAUCUUCCGUAAUGAAAGUGAUAUUCAAGGAAUAUUGUAAGAGAAAGCAAAUAAUAUAUUACAAAACAGUUCGAUUUUUCUUCAAUGGCCAACGCAUUUCCCCCAGAAAGACGGUUAAUGAACAUGGGUUAGAAAACAAUGAUGAGAUUGAUGCUAUGCUGCAUCAAGAAGGAGGAGGGCCUGCACACCGAAUAUGAGAAUUUGUGGAAGAGUAAAAGUAGUGUUGUAUGAUUCGCCACCAAGCUAUGAAAUUUGAUUUUUUGGUAAUGACUGCUUGGUGUCAUGUGUUCAAUGAAUAUUGUCAGUGUUUGUACCCUAGUUAACCAGUUAAGUGUUGUUGCUUUGAGCAGGUUGGAAAACAGUUAAUGUUAUUUUCUAGCAAUAUAUUAAUGAUGGGAUUUCUGAAAA